AUGGUCAAUCUCGCGGAGGCGCAGAAGGUGUUUAACCUCGUGCAAGGCCUGAGCAAGCAGCAGCAGUUCGUGAAGUAUAUCAGCAACGCGGGACUUCUCUCCGUGCUGCUCGAGUCGAUCACGAAGGGGAACGGCGCCGGCGCGACGUUCCUCGUGCCGUCCCCCGACGCGCUGCAGUCGCUGCCGCCCGCGUCGCCGUAUUUCAAUAACCCGUCGCUCGCGCGAACAACGCUGCGGUACCACAUGAUUUUGGGGAAACAGAUGGACUACACGGCGCUCGUCGAGCGACCCGCGGACACCGGCUUCCCCACGCUCGCCAAGGAGUCAAUGUUCAAGUCGGAUGAGAGCGCAUUCUUCACGGUCGUCUUCCGCUCAGGCAGCGGCCGCUCUAAAUCCACUCUACUCGCGCCCAACCUCGCCAAAACGGAGUUUUUCCAGGUGCACCUCGUGGACUCGCUCCUCGUGCCCGACGCCAUCCUGCACUCCAUGCCCGAUGGCGGUGAUGCUGCCGGUGGGAGUGAUGGCACCGGGAGUGAUGACACCGGAGGGAGCGGUGGGAGUGAUGCAAGUGGUGGCACUGGGAGCGGCGGUAGUGGGAGCGGAGGUGGUGGUGGCACCGGAAAUGAUGCAGGCGGGAGCAGCAGUGGUGGCGACUCUACCGGUGCUGGCAGUCUCUCUCCUCCUCCUUCAGUUCCCUCUCCUUCCGUUCCUUCACCUCCCCUCAACCCCUCGCCUCCUCCCACUGUCUCGUCACCUCCUACCGUCAACCCCUCACCUCCUCCCCCUAGCCCUUCCCCACCCCCCCCUGAAUCUUCCCCUCCUCCUCCUGUCUCUUCGCCUCCCACCCCUGACUCCUCCUCUCCAUCUGCUCCUAUUGAAUCCACUCAAGCCACAACCCCGCCCUCUCCCUCCCCUCCCCCUCCAACCAACGAGUCAACCUCAUCCGCAACACCAUCGCCGCCCUGA